GUCUCUCUCUCUCUCUCUGUCUCUCUCUCUCUCGCCUCCAGAGGAUCAGCUCCCCUCGGGGUUCCCCACCAUAGACAUGGGUCCCCAGCUGAAGGUGGUUGAACGCUCUAGAACGGCCACCAUGCUGUGUGCUGCUAGCGGCAACCCCGACCCAGAAAUCACCUGGUUUAAAGACUUCCUCCCUGUCAACACCACCAAUAACAACGGGCGAAUCAAACAGCUCCGUUCAGAGUCCUUUGGUGGCACGCCUAUAAGAGGUGCCCUCCAGAUAGAGUUGAGUGAGGAACAGGACCAGGGGAAAUAUGAAUGUGUUGCCACCAACAGCGACGGAACCCGCUACUCCACCCCUGCUAACCUAUACGUCAGAGUGCGCAGGGUUCCCCCCAGGUUCUCCGUCCCUCCAGCAGACAGUGAGAUAACACCAGGAGGUGGUAUCAACAUCACCUGCGUGGCUGUGGGCUCCCCCAUGCCUUACGUCAAGUGGAUGUUAGGCACAGAGGACCUCACCCCGGAGGACGACAUGCCUAUCGGACGGAACGUCCUGGAGCUGGGAGACAUACGUCAGUCUAACAACUACACCUGUGUGGCCAUGUCCACUCUGGGGGUGAUAGAGGCCAUGGCACAGAUCACGGUGAAAGCCCUGCCCAAGACCCCAGGUAACCCAGUGGUAACAGAACGAACUGCCACCAGCAUCACUCUGACCUGGGACUCAGGUAACCCUGAACCUGUGUCCUACUACAUCAUACAGCACCGUCCUAAAGGUUCAGAAGACAUCUAUAAGGAGAUAGACAGUAUAACGACUACACGCUACAGUGUAGGUGGUCUCAGCCCGUACUCUCACUAUGACUUCCGGGUGGCGGCGGUCAACACCAUUGGUAGAGGUCCAGCCAGCGACUCUGUAGAGGCCAGAACAGCAGAACAGGCUCCGUCGUCACCACCACGACAGGUCAGAGGUCGUAUGCUGAGUACCACCACAGCUAUAAUCCACUGGGAUGGACCUGAGGAGGCUAACGGGCAGGUGGUGGGAUACAGAGUCUACUAUACAGACGACAACACACUGCAAGUCAACCAGUGGGAGAAGCUGAUGGUUCGUGGUGUGAACUUCAUCACCAUCCACAGUCUGACCCCUAAUAAGACCUAUUACAUCAGAGUCCUGGCCUUUACCUCUGUAGGAGACGGACCUCUCUCCCAGGACCUGCAGAUCAUAGCCAAGACUGGAGUUCCGUCCCAGCCAUCAGACUUCAAAGGAGAGGCCAAGUCAGAGACCAGUGUAUUACUGUCAUGGGUAGCUCCUCCACAGAGUGGGCCUGAAAACCUGAUCACUGGAUAUGAACUGGUAUACAGGAGGUCUGGUGACAACGAAGAGAAGAAGCUGAAUUUUGACCCCGCCUCCUCCUACCUUAUAAAGAAUUUGAAGCCAUUCUCCUCCUACACCUUCCAGCUGGCAGCACGUAGCAAGCACGGCAUCGGAGCGUAUACCAACGAGGUUACCACAGAUACACCACAGACACAACCCUCGGCCCCUCCGCAGGAAGUCACAUGCUCCAGCCCCAACUCCACCAGCAUCCUGGUAAGUUGGGCUCCGCCCCUGGCGGAAUUCCAGAACGGAAUCAUAACGGGAUAUUCCAUCCAGUAUUCUGUCACGGAACGGGACAACAGGACUUCCCAGCAAGUCAGCCGAAUUCCACCGGGAAGCUCUCCGUACCUUCUGGAAAACCUGGAGAAAUGGACCGAGUAUGGAAUCACGGUCAGAGCCCUGACGGAAGCCGGAGAAGGACCAGAGAGUCUACAACUACUAGUACGCACCGAAGAAGAUGUUCCCAGUGGUCCUCCGCGCGACGUGGCGUCGGAGGCGGUGAACUCGUCAGCAGUCAGGGUGGUGUGGCGGGCACCGGCCGUGGAGCGGCAACAUGGUCAGGUCAGAGGUUACCAGGUCCACUACAUGAAGAUGAACUAUGGAGAACCCGCUGGACCCAACCUCAUCAAGGAUAUACUCCUAGACGACUCACAGUGGGAAUACAAUGAAUCUGCAGAAUAUGAGUUGGUUCUAGGGGAACUCCAGGCUGAUACUGCCUACUCUGUGUCUGUGGGGGCAUACACCGCCAAGGGAGACGGGGCACGGAGCAAACCCCAAACUCUCUGCACUACCCUCCCACUCCCAGAACCCCCCAGGCUCUCAGUAAGUCCCACCCCCGUGGGCACGGCCCAGCUCCAGUGGCUGCCUCCACCCAGCCCCGCUACCCCUCUCCUGGGGUACCGUCUAACCUUCGGACGCCUGGAUGUCCUCCCCUUCACCGUGGUAGAAUUCCCCAGCAAGGAAAAGUCCUACACUGCUCAGGAUAUCCACAAGGGGGCGUCGUACGUGUUCCGACUCUCCGCCCGGAAUAAGAUAGGAUAUGGAGAGGAGGCAGCGAUCGAGGUGACCACUCCGGAAGACGUUCCCGGAGGACACCCAGAAAAUAUCCUGUCUGAAGGCGCCUCGGCGUCUUCCAUACGGCUCGCUUGGAAGUCUGUCCCGCUGAUCGAACAAAACGGGAAGAUUGUGAAGUACUCGGUGCAGUACCGGGAUGUUAACGGUAGAGGUGGGAACGCUACCGGGGAGGUGGUGGUGACGGUACCGGAAUCUAGCGUGGCGUUGGAAGGGCUGAGCGCUGACACGGUGUAUGACGUCAGAGUGCGUGCGUUCACAGCGGUAGGGGCGGGGCCGUAUAGUCCCGGUGUCCAGUUUAGGACGCGACCACUGGAUGUGGAAGUGUUUGCUACUAACUUCAGAGUGAAGGCUGCCAUGAAGAACUCAGUCCUGCUGACCUGGGAGAUACGAGACAAAACACCCUCCCAGCCUUUUACGAUCCUGUAUGGUAAGGGUCAGAGUGUUGAGGUGGAUGGUAAACAGAACCAGAAGCUGAUAACAGGUCUGCAGCCGGAAACACAGUACUCCUUCCUGUUGACUAACCGUGGCAACAGUGCCGGAGGUCUACAGCACCGCGUAACCGUGACGACCGCCCCGGACGUGCUGCGUUCCAAACCCACGCUGGUGGGGAAGACCAACGCAGACGGGAUGGUGACGGUUCAACUACCGCCCGUACAGACCACCACUACCGUCAGGGGCUACUAUGUGGUGGUGGUUCCUCUGAAGAAACAGAGAGGAGGGAAGUUCUUGAAGCCUGGUGACAACCCUGAUCAGAUGAACCUAGAUGAGCUCCUGAAAGAGAUCAACAGGACCAGUGUGAGCCAGGCGCUGCGUGUCCGUCGUCAGGUCCCGGCCAGCCAAUCAGAUCCCAGGGCCUAUGUUUCCGCCCACUUUAAGAUCCUCCCCCAGGAGUUCACCCUCGGUGAUGGGAGGAGCUAUGGAGAGUUCCGGAACCGCCCCCUGCAAAACGGACAGGAAUAUGUGUUCUUCGUGCUGGCGCUGCUAGACCUGUCUAAUAAUACAAUGUAUUCAACCAGCCCCUAUUCUGACCCCGUGACCUCCAAUGACGUGGACCCUCAGCCAAUCGUAGAUGAGGAGGAGGGGCUUCUGUGGGUGGUGGGGCCGGUAAUGGCUGUCAUCUUCAUUGUCUGCAUCGUCAUCGCCAUCCUACUCUUCAAGAGUAAACCAGACAGGAAAAGAGCUGAGGCAGAGGGAAGGAAGGCUAGUUUCCCCUGCAGCAAGGCCAUGUCCUCUCACCAUCCUACAGAUCCUGUGGAGCUACGCAGAAUCAACUUCCAGACCCCAGGAAGUUACCGUGUAUCAGCUUUCCGCGGCUACAGACGAUUGUCAAGCAUGGCUAGUCACCCACCUGUCCCCAUCUCUGAGCUCGCUGAUCAUCUAGAACGCCUGAAAGCCAACGACAACCUGAAGUUCUCUCAGGAGUAUGAGUCCGUUGACCCCGGACAGCAGUUCACCUGGGAGCAGUCUAACCUGGAGGUCAACAAGCCAAAGAACCGCUAUGCUAACGUCAUUGCCUACGACCACUCCAGGGUUCUACUGUCCAGCAUCGAGGGUAAGUUGGCAGUCACACACAUACACGCUAACGUCAUCACCUACGACCACUCCAGGGUUCUACUGUCCAGCAUCGAGGGAGAGACACACACACACACACACUUUUCUUGUUUUAUUCUCGGCCAGUCUAAAAGUUCCUUCGCUGUCUUAAUAUGAUAUUACCACUGAGCA